AUGAGUUCCCCUGGCAGGGCCAGCAGCACAUUCCCCCUGCAUGUCCUGGUCUGGAAUAAUGACUACAGGCGGCUGGACGAGGAGCUGCAGGACAAGGAUGUUGAUCAACGUGAUCCACGAGGCCGGACCUUGUUGCACCUUGCUGUUUCCUUGGGUUAUAUAGAAUCUGCCAAAGUCCUCCUUCAACACAAGGCAGACGUAACUAAGGAGAACGCACAGGGAUGGACAGUUUUACAUGAGGCUGUCAGCACAGGAGAUCCAGAGAUGGUACAAAUGAUUCUGCAGCACAGGGACUACCAGCAGACCUCUAUGACGCUUGGAGGAGUUCCCGAGUUACUCCAGAAGAUUAAUGAGACUCCUGACUUCUACGUGGAAAUGAAAUGGGAGUUCACUAGCUGGG